UUAACUGUCCAAGUUAAUGCUCCCGUAUCAGAUUCUGAUCUCAUUUACCGCAUUAUCAAUUUCAUCUCGCACGCUACGGAUGUCUUAUAUAAUACUAUUAACGAGCGGGAGUCCCAAGGCGACCGAGCCCGAGACCCGGAGCUCCCAGCAUAUUUGAAGCCAGAUGUUUCUAUAGUAGGGAAAGCCUCACGGCCCGGAAUAGAUACCUUUCCCCGUAUAUAUCAUACAGAUAAUAAUACCACGAUCAAGCUACAGCCGACUAGAUAUAUUGAUUAUUUAUUAUACAACUGGAAAGAGGAGGAUAUAUAG